GCGGGGGGUGCGUGGUGCGGCGCUAUUGGCCGGUUCGUGUUUCCCGUCCCCCGCCCGCAGGGAGUGGGGGUGAAAAGCGAGCGACCCGGCUUGGGGGGUGGUGGGCGGAUCGCGUCGCAGUCGGUGCCCUCUGUGCCGCCGCCGCCGCUGCCGCAGCUCGGGGCGUGAGGAGCAGAACCCCGCCGGGGGAGGCGGACCGACGGACCACGAGACCGUGAGCUGGAGCCUGACGCGUCGCGCCUUGCGGGAGUUGACCGAGGGCCGCCGCCGCGAUGAAGGCCCUGUGGCUGCUGGGCCUCUGCUGCGUCCUGCUGCUGGCCUGCGGGUCAGUUAAAGCAGACGACCAAGUGGAUGUGGAAGCGACUGUGGAAGAAGAUCUGGGUAAAAGCAGAGAAGGUUCUCGGACAGAUGACGAAGUAGUCCAGAGAGAAGAAGAAGCUAUUCAGUUAGAUGGAUUGAAUGCAUCCCAAAUAAAAGAACUUAGAGAAAAAUCUGAAAAAUUUGCUUUCCAAGCAGAAGUGAACAGAAUGAUGAAGCUUAUAAUCAAUUCUUUGUACAAAAAUAAGGAGAUUUUCUUGAGAGAACUGAUUUCGAAUGCUUCUGAUGCCUUAGAUAAAAUAAGGCUGAUUUCACUGACUGAUGAAAAUGCUCUUUCUGGAAAUGAAGAACUAACUGUCAAAAUUAAGUGUGAUAAGGAGAAGAAUCUGCUGCAUGUUACAGACACUGGUGUUGGCAUGACCAGGGAAGAAUUAGUUAAAAACCUUGGUACCAUAGCGAAGUCUGGCACAAGCGAAUUCUUAAACAGAAUGACUGAGGCACAGAGGGACGGUCAGUCAACUUCCGAGUUGAUUGGCCAGUUUGGUGUAGGUUUCUACUCUGCCUUCCUUGUAGCGGAUAGGGUUAUUGUUACAUCGAAACAUAAUAAUGAUUCCCAACACAUCUGGGAAUCUGACUCCAAUGAAUUUUCUGUCAUCGCUGACCCAAGAGGAGACACUUUGGGAAGAGGAACCACCAUAACUCUGGCUUUAAAGGAAGAAGCAUCUGAUUAUCUUGAACUGGAUACCAUUAAAAACCUUGUCAAGAAAUAUUCACAGUUCAUAAACUUUCCUAUAUACCUGUGGAGCAGCAAGACGGAAACAGUAGAAGAGCCCAUUGAAGAGGAAGAAGCAGCAAAGGAAAAAGACGAAGUAGAUGAUGAAGCUGCAGUGGAAGAUGAGGAGGAGAAGAAACCCAAGACUAAAAAGGUUGAGAAAACUGUUUGGGAUUGGGAGCUAAUGAAUGACAUCAAACCAAUAUGGCAGAGACCAUCAAAAGAAGUGGAAGAAGAUGAAUACAAAGCAUUCUACAAAUCAUUUUCAAAGGAAAGUGAUGAUCCCAUGACUUUCAUCCAUUUCACUGCUGAAGGAGAAGUAACGUUCAAGUCAAUACUGUUUGUUCCCACUUCUGCUCCACGUGGAUUAUUUGAUGAAUAUGGAUCAAAGAAGAGUGACUACAUUAAGCUAUACGUACGCAGAGUGUUCAUCACAGAUGAUUUCCAUGAUAUGAUGCCGAAGUACCUUAAUUUUAUCAAGGGUGUUGUGGAUUCUGAUGACCUUCCUCUGAAUGUGUCCCGUGAAACUCUUCAACAACAUAAAUUGCUUAAGGUUAUUAGAAAGAAACUGGUCCGUAAAACCCUUGAUAUGAUCAAGAAGAUUGCUGAAGAGAAAUAUAACAAAACUUUUUGGAAAGAAUUUGGCACGAACAUCAAACUUGGGGUGAUUGAAGACCAUUCCAAUCGUACUCGUCUUGCCAAACUGCUUCGGUUUCAGUCUUCUCAUCAUGAAAGUGACCUUACCAGUCUGGACCAGUAUGUGGAAAGGAUGAAGGAGAAACAAGAUAAAAUCUACUUCAUGGCAGGAUCGAGCAGAAAGGAGGCAGAAUCAUCCCCAUUUGUGGAGAGGCUUCUGAAGAAGGGCUACGAAGUGAUCUAUCUGACAGAGCCUGUUGAUGAGUACUGCAUCCAAGCCCUUCCAGAGUUUGAUGGAAAGAGAUUCCAGAAUGUUGCCAAGGAAGGAGUGAAAUUUGACGAGAGUGAGAAAACCAAGGAAAGCCGAGCUGCUGUGGAGAAAGAGUAUGAGCCUCUGCUCGAGUGGAUGAAGGACAAAGCUCUGAAGGACAAGAUUGAGAAGGCUGUGAUUUCCCAGCGCCUGACGGAGUCUCCCUGUGCUCUGGUGGCCAGCCAGUAUGGCUGGUCUGGCAACAUGGAAAGAAUCAUGAAAGCUCAGGCUUACCAGACGGGCAUGGAUAUUUCUGCAAAUUACUAUGCCAGUCAGAAGAAAACACUUGAAAUUAAUCCUAGACACCCGCUGAUCAAGGACAUGCUCCGACGGGUUAAGGAAGAUGAAGAUGACAAAACAGUCUUAGACCUCGCUGUAGUCCUGUUUGAAACGGCAACGCUAAGAUCGGGAUACCUUCUACCCAACACCAAAGAGUAUGGAGAUAGGAUCGAAAGGAUGCUUCGUUUAAGUCUGAACAUCGAUCCUGAUGCAAAGGUGGAAGAAGAGCCUGAAGACGACCAGGAAGAUGAUACAACAGAAGACACAUCAGAAGAUUCAAAACCAGAAGACGAAGAGGAAGUUGAUAUGGAUGCAGAGGAAGAAGAAGAAACAAAGAAAAAAACUCCAAGUGGAAAAGAUGAAUUGUAACUCUCACCAUUGGAAUCCACUGUGUCCAGUGUAGAGAGAAAAUGUGAAUUUAAACUGUUCUGUUUGGGGAGGCUUGGGAUAUUUUUUUGUGUGUUUUUGAAUUUUUUUUUACCCCCCUCAACUGUAAAAAUGUCAGGAUUGUGGGUCACAGGAAGAAGCAAGUUUUUGUUUGUUUUUGUUUUUGGGUUUUUUUUUUUUUUAGUUGAAAUUUUUUUAACAUUCCUCAUGAAUGUAAAUUUGUACUAUUUAACUAUUUGGUGUAAAAUCUUGUCAUGUGUACAAAAAUAAAAAAAAUUCCCAAAUA